CUCAGUCGUAGAUGAUAUAUGGUCAAACUUAAUUCUAUCUGUACACGACCACGCAUCGAUCUUUAUUAGACAAGAUAGGGAUGAAUACAGUAAAGCGCGUGAGUUCAGGUGUGCGCGCUCUCGUGGCGCUCCUGCUUCUGUCUGUGUCAGCGAAUCAGUGUGAUAACGGAGCUGACAACUGCGAUAAAUGGACUGAAACUUCUAACAACCAACCUCUAAAUACAGAUGGUGUGGUGACGUACGAGCAGCUGAAGCUCAUGAUGUCCUCUGGAAGCGUCCAGCUCGUCGAUGUCCGCGAGCCGCAUGAGCUGGAAGCAGGGUUUAUUCCUGGAGCAACCAACAUUGUUUUGAGCGAGGUGGAGCAGGCCCUUAGACUGAGCCCAGAUCAGUUUAGAGAGCGCUACGGCGUCACAAAGCCUCACAAAGAAGACUCAGACUUUGUGCUGUACUGUGUGAGAGGACUACGCAGCCUCACCGCGCUGGAGACCGCUAGAGCUCUGGGAUACACAAGGGCCCGUCAUUACGCCGGAGGAUUCAGCGAGUGGCUUCAGCGGGAAGGUCUGUGAACAGAAAGAGUCGAACACAAAACUUUCUGGAGGAAUGAAGCUUAUUUCAGCUCUGUGAUGGACCUACAAGACCAUGAGUAUGAAUUUAUACAACACUUGACUGUUAAAAUUACAGCACAGACCAAAAUGCAUUUGUCAAAUCUAACAGAUGUAUCUAUAUAUUUCACAAAGACUCAAUAAAUAUUGGAUUGUUUAUGAUAGACUUUGUUUGUUUAAAUGCCAUAUAUGAUUUUGACACCAUAAAUGGAUCCAGCGACACAUGAUUUGUUGCUCAUGUAUGUUUUUUCAACUAACUGAAACACACUCUGAAAUAGACGAUUAGACGAUAAAUUCCUGAUCGAGCAUUGACCACACUGAUGAUGGAAGAAGAGUAUAAUAACAGGGAUUCACAAAAUAAGCUAAUGUGAAAUGCAGAAUGCGGUUUCUGCAAGAGCUUACAUGAACUUUAUGGUCUGCAACCAAUUAAAAUUCAUAAUUCGAUCAUUUAAAAUGACUGUGCAUGUCAUAUGUUGUGAGAAUCGGUGACAAGCUACCUUUAUAGCACAUUUCAUCAAAAAUAACCAAAGCAGAAGCAGAGGUUGUCAAACUUUUGAACUUGGCGACAUCCAGCAACCGAGACCUUCAUUGUUGACUCGUUCUUCAUCGAGCUAAGAUACGCGAGUACUAUUGCGAGUUUGUUCGUAUGUUUGUUUGUUUUAAUUAUACUUCGAUUUUGCUUGGGUCUUUUAAAAUUUAAUUUGAUAAUUUGUAUUAAUGUAAGCUAUCUGUAGGCUACCGUAAUAAAGUUUCAGUGGUGAUCA